ACUAUCUUCAGGUACCUGAACUGGCCAGAUGAAGCACCAAGAUCUUCUAUAACUAGGUACUAUAUAACUACCUAGUCAUCAAGUUAAUCUACAAAAUACCUGGUAAUUUAUAUAACCUAAGUCCUCCCUUAGUUAUCAAUUAUAGAAUUGUUCUAUCUUCAAGUAACCAUAAGCCUUAUCACCAGGGUCUGUCACUAGGGCGGGGAGCCACCAAACUGCCUUCAUCCUCCGCCCGAUAGCCGGAAGCUCAGGUCUCAACCAGCUUCCAAUCUGUCACUGUUUCCUCUCUUGUUGGCCGCACACGACCGAGAAGAGCUACAGUUCAAGUUUGGAGAAGAAUCUGGAUAGAUUAUCUAGGCCCAGGAGUUCUUCAAUAUGUCUGACGACGAUGAUUUCAUGCAAGAUUCGGGGGAUGAAGAAUACGACUUUGAAUACGAAGAUGCGGACGACGAUGAAUCUGGCGAUGUUGGGGUUGAGAACAAAUACUACAAUGCGAAGCAAAUAAAGGCAGACAACCCGGAAGAGGCUAUCGAUGAGUUUCUGGGCAUGCCUGCGCUGGAAGAAGAGAAAGGUGAUUGGGGCUUCAAAGGAUUGAAGCAGGCCAUAAAACUCGAGUUCAAGUUGGGGCGGUAUCAGGAUGCCGUCGAACAUUAUCGCGAACUCCUCACCUACGUCAAGUCGGCAGUGACACGGAACUACUCGGAAAAGUCGAUCAACAACAUGCUGGAUUUUAUAGAGAAGGGUUCGGACGACGAUACGGCGUAUCAGUGCAUGGAAGAUUUCUACUCUCUGACCCUCCAAUCGUUCCAGAACACCAACAACGAACGUUUAUGGCUCAAGACCAACAUCAAAUUGGCCCGGCUGUGGCUCGAGCGGAAGGAAUACGGACAACUGAGUAAAAAGGUCCGCGAACUACACCGUGCCUGCCAACGGGAAGACGGGUCGGAUGAUCCCAGCAAGGGCACGUAUCUCCUAGAGCUAUAUGCCCUGGAGAUCCAAAUGUACGCAGAGACCAAAAACAACAAACGCCUGAAGGCUCUAUACCAGCGGGCUCUCCGUGUCCGGUCGGCCGUCCCACACCCUAAGAUCAUGGGGAUCAUCCGUGAAUGUGGAGGGAAGAUGCACAUGAGCGAGGAGAACUGGGAGGAGGCGCAGAGCGAUUUUUUCGAGUCAUUCCGGAAUUACGACGAAGCCGGAUCGAUGCAACGGAUCCAGGUCCUCAAAUACCUGGUGCUGACGACGAUGUUGAUGAAGUCAGACAUCAACCCGUUUGAUUCGCAGGAGACCAAGCCCUACCGCACCGAUCCCCGGAUAUCCGCCAUGACCGAUCUUGUGGAUGCGUUCCAGCGAGACGACAUCCAUGCGUACGAGGACAUUCUGAGCAAACACCCAGACGUGUUGGCCGACCCGUUCAUCGCCGAGAACAUUGACGAAGUUAGCCGCAACAUGCGCACCAAGGCGGUUCUCAAGUUGAUCGCGCCGUACACGCGGUUCACCCUGACAUUCAUCUCCAAGCACAUCAAGAUCUCGGUGCCGGAGGUGCAGGACAUUCUGAGCUUCCUCAUUCUGGACAAGAAGCUGAACGCCAAGAUCGACCAAGAAAACGGCACGGUAACGGUGGAGAGCACAAGCGACGUGGAGCGACUCCGCGCUUUGCAGGAGUGGAGCUCGUCGCUGCGGGCCCUCUGGCGCACGGUGCUGGAGGACGGUGAGGGCUUCAAAGUGGACGAGAGCCCCCAGCUCCACGGCGUGGCCUCGAGUCCCUACUAUCCCUCGGGCUACGGGGCGGAGGAGAUGCCUGCUGGCCUGCGUACGGCCGGUUCCCGAGCCCGGGGCGGAUGGAAAGGAAGGGCUGCGGGAAAAGUCAGACCUGGUGGAGGGGUGUAACUACUAACUGCUAGUAUUAACUACUAUUAUUGAGUGGUGGACCAAGGCUAGGCCCCCGAAGGAACACAAAGGGCGGAUCGCAAGCGCCAACGAAAUUAUCUCCGGUGGGUCUGGGCGUACUACAUAGCUCCAGGAUGGCG